AUGAAGUUCCCCAUCGUCGCCGCCGUUGCGGCUUCCGUUCUCUCAACAGCUGGUCUGGUUGCUGGUGACCCUCACGUCAUCCAGGUUCGCGCCGAGGACCUCAAGGUCCGCAAGCAUGGCGGUCACAGUUUCAAGAUUUCCCAGAUUUUCAACCACAGGUACCAGGCAAAGGUCAAGGGCAAGGGCAUCAGAGAUGUCGCCAAGAUCUACGAAAAAUACAACAUGAAGUUCCCCGACCAUCUUCGCCAGGCCCUCAUCCGCGUCUUUGCCGACCUAGGCGUCAAGAUGCCAGGCAAUAUUCACGCCGUGACCGAUGGCCUCUUUGGCGACCAGCCGGCUGGCAACCAGGGUGAGGUUGAGGCUACGCCGGUCGAGUUCGAUGUUCAGUAUCUCGCCCCUGUCCAGAUCGGUUCCCCGCCCCAGACGGUCAUGUUGAACUUCGAUACCGGCUCUUCCGAUCUCUGGGUUUUCAGUUCCGAGACCCCUGCCAAGCAGCGCAAGGGCCAGAAGAUCUAUAACAUUACCGAGAGUACCACUGCUGAGCGCGUUGAUGGUCAUGUUUGGAGGAUCUCGUACGGUGAUGGCAGCAGCUCGUCCGGAAACGUGUACCUUGACAAAGUCAGCAUUGGCGGUGUCGAGGUUGAGAAGCAGGCUAUCGAGUCUGCCACCUUUGUGUCCAACUCUUUCACUAAUGACGCCGCCUCCUCCGGUCUCGUCGGUCUCGCCUUCGACUCGAUCAACCAGGUCAACCCCCGCAAGCAAAAGACCUUCUUCGGCAACGCCAUCGAUGACCUAGCCAUGCCGCUGUUCAGUGCCAAUCUCAAUAAGGCUGAGCCUGGCAACUACAACUUCGGCUUCAUCGAUCCUACUGAGUUCGUUGGCCCCAUCAGCUUCGUCGAGGUCGAUUCUUCCCGCGGUUUCUGGGAGUUCCAGGUCUCAGGCUACACUCUCCCCGCCUCCAACUUUACCGAGUCCAACAACAAGACGGGUGUUUUCCAGGCCAUGCCCCACGCCGCCAUUGCCGACACCGGCACCACCCUUCUUAUGCUCCCCCAACCCAUCGUCGACGCUUACUACACCCAGAUCGCCAAGGCCCGCAACGACAACUACUACGGCGGUUAUGUUUUCCCCUGCAACGCCGACCUCCCGGACCUGGUCCUCCACAUCGGCUCCUACAAGGCUCUUCUCACCGGUGAUCUGAUCAAGUACGCUCCCGCCGACACCGACGACUUUGCGACGGCCAGGUGGUGCUACGGCGGUCUCCAGAGCGCCCAGGGCUUCCCCUUCGCUAUUUACGGAGACAUUUUCUUCAAGGCCCAGUUUGUUGUGUUCCAGGGUGGCGAGACCGAUAAGAAUGACUGGUCCAAGGGCGCCAAAUUGGGCUUUGCUGCCAAGCCUGGCACUGAGCUCCCCAAGGAGACCAAGGUUGUGCAGGAUAUUCUGCCCAUCAACAACGUCACCAGCACCCUGACAAGAGUCCGCAGACGCACUGGUGGUGCUUCUGCUCGUCGCGCUGACUAA